AGAGGUUUCACUCUCGACCCUCACAAGGGCAGCAACUAGGUGCGCGAACUAAUGGACGCCUAUCCAACCCAGCUCGACAGUCAGGAUGGGGCGGGGGAUGGGAUCCAUCAUGAUGAUUCCCAGGAAUCUGUCUCCGAUUUCCAUGACGGUGCUGAAAUGCUGAAGCAACAAUUACGGGAGGCGAAAUCUUUCGCUGAAGAGGAGCGUAGAAUUAAAAGUCUCGACGGGUUAAUGAACACCCUCCUACUCUGCGCUGCUGCUACUGCGUUCAUAAACAAAUUCGCCACCAUGCAGCCCAGCUUCCGCCUAUAUACCAGACACACAACCCUUGUAGCUGGGGUCAACGACAUCUUCCGCACCAUUAGCAAUGGCACGUUCACGAGCCGAACAUUCCUUUCGGUCUUCUCAGCACCUUCGUUCACAUAUUUGGCUCUACAAGGGGUGAUGGACGCGUGUCUCUUCGUCCCCCCUUUCGUUGUGGUUGCCACUAUCUUCGGGAAGUGGGCUUUAGGUCACUUCGGCAUGAGUACGGGUGAGGACAACGGUGUGCAGGUAGAACGGCGACCAUUGUACGACUGGCCUCAACAUGUACGGGACCGCGUCUUGUCGUGGUCAAAUACGUUGCCCAUUUGGUUCGGUCUAUCUCAAGCCCUCUAUACACUAUGUUGGCUCUUUGGGCGGCAACCGCUCCUAGCAACUGGUGUCGUUACGGUACUCGCUUUUUGGUGUUCGAUUGUCCUCUACGUGACCAAAAAACAUCUCACGUCCUAGUUUUAAUUGUACGGUAGUUUAUUCUUAAUUCUUAAUUUUGCUGAGGGUGCGCUUCCCCUUUUGAAGUUAUAAUUUGCGAGGAGUUCUUUUCAAAC